CAUAAUGAUUACAGCCAGCUCAAAGAUAAUUAAACAUUUCCAAAUCGAAGAUAUUAAUUGCUGACACUGUGAGCAGGUGUGCGUGCUUUAAAGUGCCGCAGGAAGAACCAACAUCAAAGAAAAGUAGCCGUUACAAAUAAAAGCCUGCUUUGGCUAUGCUGUCCGUAUCCCUACUACUUCCUUUCCAUGGGGCUUAUGGCCUCGUUUUGGAGGAAGGAAGGAAGAGUCUGGUCUUUUCUUGUUUCCUUGCUAACAGCACAUCAUCAGCGUAAUGGUCUCCCAUUUGGCAAGCAUUAGCCAAGCCAUACUGCUGCUGCUCUGUUGGAUUUGGGUGAUGUAGUAGUUUGAUGGGGGAGGAGGAGAAGAUGGAGACAGGGGUGGAGAUGGAGGAGCACAAGGUUGCCGUAGAGGAGGAGGAGGAGGAGGAGGAGGUUCAGGCGCAGGUCUAUCCUGCUCCCGUACAUUCCCAUGAGGAGGUCGUGAGGGAUAAGCUGGCCUUCAUGGAGAGCCUACGCCGGUUCCACUCCUCCAUGAGCACCAAGUUCAUGAUUCCUGUGAUUGGAGGGAGGGAGCUGGACUUGCAUCUCUUGUACGUCGAAGUGACUCAAAGGGGUGGCCUGGCAAAGGUGAUCGAGGAGAAGAAAUGGAGGGAGGUCAUCGCGGCGUUCAAGUUCCCCCCCACCACCACCAGUGCUUCCUUUGUGCUGAGGAGAUACUACCUGAGCUUGCUCCACCACUACGAGCAGGUCUACUACUUCCGUGCCCAGGGCGGUCUGAUCCCCCCGGCAGCUUCGUCGCAGACCAGGACGCCUCCUGGCAAGCUCGAACGCGGCGUGGUCGUCCCCGACUCGACCAUGCAGACAUCCAAGACUCGGAAAAGACCCCUUCCCGAACCACAAAACAGAGGACCCUACAAUUUCACAGUCACGGGAUCCAUCGAUGGGAAGUUCGAGUACGGUUACAUGGUCACCGUGAAGAUUGGCUCCGAUACCCUGCGAGGCGUGCUUUACCAUGUCCACCAGCCUUCGGCGUCCUCUUCUACUCUGGCAAAAGCACCGCCGGAGACAGCAAAUGCACCGAGUAGCAGCGCCGUGACCAGAACGAGGCUCAGGCGGCGAAGGCGCUGCAGGCACCGCGACCCUGCCCACCCCAAACCAAACAGGAGCGCCUACAACUUCUUCUUCGCUGAGAAGCACUCCAAGCUGAAGGCUCUCUACCCUCACCGGGAAAGAGAGUUCAGUAAGAUGAUAGGGGAGUCCUGGAACAAGCUCAGCUUAGAGGAAAGAACGGUGUAUCAGGACUAUGGACAAAAGGACAAAGAGAGAUACAAGAGAGAGAUGCAGGAGUACCAAGGAAAAGCUGAAGCUUGUUCAGCCCGAGGAAGUGGGGAGGCCUGAGCCUGAGCCUGAGCCUGAGCCUGAGCCAUCGGAGGUUGUAACCGGGGAGGUUGAAUGACUCUUGUGUUUGGCAGGCAGCAGGUCUUUGAGAGAUCAGCAGAUGGUUCUUUCUUAUGUAAACUUAAACAAAGUUCGUAGCUGUAGUUUGUGGAUGAGAAAAGAUGAAUGAUCACAAAUCCAGGCAGGUUUCAUAUGA